CCACCGCUCUUUCUAAACUCUGUUAUCGCACUCCACUCUCCACCGUUUUAAUAUUAUUCCCAUUCUGCCCCUCUAGAGGCCUCUUUCGGGAAGAAGAAACUAUGGCUUUUCUAAUUCCCAAAAAGCCCCUGCAUUCGUCCCCCGGCGCUUACGACGACGACGACGACGACGAGCGCCCUCGGCCGCAGAGCUCCGUGACGAGCUGCAUCUACCUGAAGCCGGACACGGGCGGCGCCGCCGCCGUCCGACGGUCGCUGGAUAAAGAGGUGGUGCUCCGCCGCAUCCGCCACAGGAAGCGCGUCAACCAGAUCCGCACCGCCAUCCAGUCACUUCUCGGCGCCUCGCCGGACACCGGCGAGAAGGACGGCGAGCUCCCCUCCAGUUGGUGGCUCGACGAUGUCUUCUCCGCCCCAUGAUCGAAGUUUGCCGGCGUAGUUGUACUCCGGCCGGACGCCGGCUGGUCGGAGAGUUAUGAGCUCGAUCUUGUACAGUUGCAUUCUUCUGUGUUUUUUUUUUUUAUCAGUGUAGUGGCUUGUAAUUGCAUUCUGUGAUGGAUGGAAGAAAUUUGUCCUCAUGGGGUGCGUUGUUUGACAGCUGUCCAUAUCCAACGGCUCUGAUGCAACCAUGGGAUGGUGGUGCCGUGGGUUUUAGAAACUGGUGGCCGGCCUGGUCGGCCGGGUAGGGAGAUAUCCUGGAAUAAAUGACCGUCCAUCCUGGGAUAUCACCAUCUUUUUCUUUAAACUUAAGAUAAUGUGGGGUCCUUGUACUGGAUUGGACUCUUUGCGUGAUAAAGAAUUUAUGCGGAUAUUGAUAUGUAUGUAUUCUAAUAUUUUCUGGGAACCUUCCUUCUUGCUUUUUGUAAUUAUUAUUCUGGAUGUAAAGGAUGCACGUUGUAGUUUGUAGAGAGAAUGAACAGAAAAAGGUGUCAAAUUGCAAAAUUUAAUAAGGAUGA